AUGAUUCUCUCACGAACUAAAGCGGCCGACGAUCCAAAGAAGAAAGGAGCCACACCAGCUCAAGAAAAAAAUAAAAAGAAAGUGGGUGAAGUUGAAGAUUUUAUUGCUGAACGGGAUUAUACAGGUGCAAUUGCGUAUCUUGAAUUUUGUCGACAAAGUGGCAAGGAAGUUAAAGACCUUGAUCUUUGGUUAGGUUUUGCCGCAUUUCAUGCCGGAGAUUAUCAAAGAGCAAGUGAAGAAUAUGAAAAUAUUCUCAAAAAUGAUCCAAGAAAUAGUCUAGUGUACAUAUAUCUUGCUUGUUGUUAUUUUAUGUUAGGCAAAUAUGAUGACGCUGAACAAACAGCAGCAAAAGGUCCAAAAUCUGCAUUACAAACAAGAGUUUUAUUUCAUGUUGCACAUAAACAGAAUAAUGAAGAAAAAUUAAUGGGUUUACAUCGACAAUUACAAGAUGUCAUUGAAGAUCAAAUGUGUCUAGCCAGUAUGCAUUAUAUGAGAAGUCAUUUUCAAGAAGCAUUAGAUAUUUACAAGCGUUAUUUAGUUGAAAAUCGUGAUUAUUUAGCAUUAAAUGUUUAUGUAGCACUUUGUUAUUAUAAGCUUGAUUAUUAUGAUAUAUCACAAGAAGUUCUCGAUGUCUAUUUAAAAAAGAAUCCAGAAUCAGCAACAGCAACCAAUUUGCAAGCCUGUAAUCAAUAUCGAUUAUAUAAUGGAAAAGCAGCUGAAAAUGAUCUAAAACAGUUUCUUGAAAAAAUGAGUACCUCAUUUAAUUAUGCUAAAGAGCUAUUUCGUCAUAAUAUGGUUGUUUUUCAAAAUGGUGAAGGUGCUCUUCAAGUGCUACCGCCACUAGUAGACGUUAUUCCAGAAGCACGUUUAAAUUUGGUCAUUUAUUAUCUCAAAGAGGAUGACCUUGAUCAUGCUUACGAUUUAAUGAAAGAUGUUGAACCAUUACAACCAGCCGAAUAUAUAUUGAAAGGUGUUGUUAAUGCUGCUUAUGGACAAGAACAUAAUUCACGUGAUCAUAUUAAAACUGCACAAUCCUAUUUUCAAUUAGUUGGUGGUUCAGCUAGUGAAUGCGAUACGAUUCCUGGCAGACAAAGUAUGGCGGCCUGCUAUUUUCUUCAUAAACGUUUCGACGACGUUAUUGUCUAUUUAAGUUCAAUAAAAACUUAUUUCUAUAAUGAUGAUACAUUCAAUUUCAACUAUGGACAGGCGAAAGCACACGAAGAAAAAUGGAAAGAAGCAGAAGAAGCAUUUUUACUUAUUCAAAGUGAAAAAUUAAAGAAUGAUUAUGUUUAUUUGAGUUGGUUAGCACGAUGUUACAUUUAUAAUGGUAAACCACGUCUUGCAUGGGAACUUUAUCUUAAAUUAGAACAUUCCAAUGAAUCAUUUUCAUUACUUCAAUUAAUAGCAAAUGAUUGUUACAAACGUGGGCACUUUUUUUACGCUGCUCGUGGUUUUGAUAUUCUUGAACGUAUGGAUCCCAAUCCAGAAUUUUGGGAAGGUAAACAAGGUGCAUGUGCUGGUGCAUUUCAACAAAUAGUUGCCGGUCACGAACCUCGUGAUACGCUUCGGGAUAUUUUAUCGUUGUUACGAAAUACGAAUCAUCCACAAGGAGAACAAAUGAUUAAAAUUAUGCGAUCAUGGGCAAGAACAAAUAAUAUUCCAGUUUAA